AUGCAGACGACGGACGCCGGGUUGCUCGCGGUCGCCGCCAUCGGCCUUGCCGCGACCAUGGCCUGGAUCCUCUACAUGGUCGGGUACUUUGGCCAUGCGGAGAAGAUAAUGGACAACGACGCCGGCCAAGGGCGACAGCACCGACGACAGCAGCAGCAGCUAGGCCUCGAUGGCCUGCGCCAGCGGCGGCGACAGGCGCGCAAUGACGACGAGGGUGGUUCGUCGGACGAGGAGGCGGAAGACGAGCAAGGCGAUCGCCAGCGGCCGCCUCCGACGACCCGACGCGAGAUCAGAAAGGAGCAAAAGCGACAAGAGCGCGAGCAACAACGCAAGUUUGACGAAUACCGACGCGAGGAAGCGCGCAAGCUUAACGACGCACAAGCCAACGCCUACCGCAGGAAAAUGCUCGAUGAAGCUACCCGCGAAGAGGCCGAGGCCAUGGCUGCCGCCGAGGCGGCCAACGCGCAGGCCGCACGCGACGCGACUGAGUUUGCCAAGUGGAAGGGCCACUUCUCCGUCGAAGACGCUGGGUCCGACGGCGUAGAACUGUCCGAGUCGACGCAUCUGCUCUCCGAGUUUCUCGCCUACUUGGCGACGCACAAGGUCGUGCUCAUCGAAGACCUCGCACUGCGCUUUCAGCUCUCGACGACGACGACGAUGCAGCGUCUGCAGUCGCUCCUGGACGCCGGUCGCGUCUCCGGGUUCUUCGACGACCGCGGCAAGUUCAUCGCUGUCGACGACACCGACAUGGACCACGUCGCUCGCUACAUUCGCAAGAAAGGCCGCGUGAGCGUCGCUGACGUCCUGCGCGAGUGCAAUCGGCUCUUCGCACAUUGA